AGAGUUAGUUGUGAUCACUUGCAAGAAUCCCACCAAACAAAAUCGAUCCCAUGGGUGCAGCUAGCUCUUCCUCCAUGUCCAAAGGAUUAAUCGAUCCCAUGGGUGCAGCUAGCUCUUCCUCCAAGUCCAAAGGAAGCUCCCAAAAAACCAUUCAAGAAAAAACAUUAUCAGGAGUUGGCAACCUCAUCAAGCUCCUCCCGACCGGCACUGUCUUCCUGUACCAGUUCCUCAGCCCUGCCUUGUCCAACAAUGGCCACUGCAAAACCAUCAACAAGUACCUCACCGCCAUUCUUGUUGCUCUCUGCGGUUUGUCUUGCUUCUUUUCUUCCUUCACAGACAGCUACGUUGGAGAUGACGCUAAAACACACUGCGGGGUUGUAACAAGCAAGGGUCUUUGGCCCUCGCCGGAGUCUAAGAAGGUUGACUUGUCGACGUAUAAGCUUCGGUUUGCGGACUUCGUCCACGCCUUUUUCGCUGUGAUUGUGUUUGCUGCUUUGGUGCUUUUGGAUGGAAAUACAGUUGGGUGCUUCUAUCCGGUGUCUGAGUCCACUGAGAAGACUUUGCUCCAGGUGCUGCCACCUGUUGUUGGCGCGGUUUCUAGUGUGGUUUUCGUGGUGUUCCCUAAUAAACGCCAUGGAAUCGGAUACCCUUCAAGUGAGCCUUCGCAAGAUUCCAAGUCUGGUGGAGAAGUAUAGUAUAUAUCGACGACGAAAGUCUAAGGAAGUUUGUGGUUGUGUUUGUGUGUGGUUUUUCUUCUUCUUAUUCUUUACCCUGUUGCCUUGUACGAUUGUACUCAUGUUUCCUUGUCUAGAGGGUUUGAGUUUAAUUGACAUAUAUAUGUUUGGUGGCUGUCAUGAAAUUGUAAUUUGUAAUUUGUAAUUUAUUCCUUGUAACAAGGGGUCUUUCAUGUUUGGAUUCAAUUCAGUCCCAAAGGGAAGGCAAUUCCAUCUUCCACAAACUAAAAGGCCUCACAGUCUAAUUCUUCCACAAAAUUAAAGCAAACAAAAGAGAAUUCAUGUCUUGGAGCGACGUGGUGCAUGCUCAUGAUCAAUAUCUCUUUAAUUCUCCUGUGCGGCUUACUGUUCAAAGAAAGAGAGUGGCGGCUGUAGAAUUAAGGAAAAGCUGUUGAAACAAGGCUUUAUGGGAGGAUUAAUUAUGAGGAAGUAUUAGAGUGUUAUGACUGGCCAAUUAACAUGGAUGAAAGCUAGCUAGUAGGGAUGUAGGCUUGUAGCAGAUUCAAGGUCUGUCAUUUUAUGUACGUACUCGAAUGACUUUGUUAUUUUGUUAGAACCGUACGUAAUAGAAAAGAGAACUGAAUCCUUUUCCUUUCU